ACCCUGCCUAAAGCCAAUUAUUCACAUUAUUUACAUAUAUGCUGUUAAAACAAACAUUCCAACUUUUGUCCAACAGGAAGCUGGAAAACAUGGAGGCCUGGUUGAAAAAUGUUUUGGACAGAUUUCCACCAAAACAUGAUAUGAACCAUGAGUACACCAAUCUUAUCACCAGAAUACUUGGCUUUACUAUGAUCAUGAAGAACCCAAGCCCAUGGAGUUUAACACUAACAGAGAACAGAAAGCUCAACUACUACGCAAUUACUGGAAGUGAAUCAGGACUUUCUAGUGAUUCCAGAGAACCACCUGAUAGUUGGAUCUGGUUGAGAAAAGAGCAACUUGAAGCUUUGAGUUGUUUGCGUGUUAUUUUCAAUGCUGAUUACGGGACUGGGAAGACGCUUUUACUGAAGAGAAAAGCCCUGGAGUUAAGUGAGAAGGCUGCCAAAAAUCAAGAAAUAGGGGAAUUUGGUCACAAGGUUCUUUUCAUCUCCCUGGCAGCAGCAGCAGCAGAUGCAGCAGAUUUAUUUAAAUAUGCAGCAGCAGCAAAUGAAUAUUCAAGAGAGACUAAAUUUAAAGAAUACUGGAGAAAUGAGACAAUAUUAGAUCUCUGCAAUAAACUUGAUUUUGAUGAUCAAGUGAAACAAGAAACAAUGAAGGUGUGUGGAGUGAGGGAUCUGGUAGAAGAGUAUGAGAAAUCAGGAAACAGAGCAACAGAAGGAUUAACUUUGUUUGAUUUGGUCUCCUUUAUUCUGUGUAAGGAGGAGUACAGAAAUCAUCAUGUGUUCAUCGACGAGAUUCCAUAUAAUGAACUAGGUAUUGAGAAGAUUGUUGAGUCUGCAUAUCCUGGCAAAAUUUUAGAAUCCUUCAGAGCUGAAUGGAUACGGGAGCUUGCAGGCGAUAGAAGUGGAGAAUAUCCAGCCUCUGACAGGGAUAUUGAGAAGAUUGCUGAGUCUGCAGGUAUUGAGAAGAUUGCUGAGUCUGCAGAUUCUGACAAAAAUGGUAAAAAUAUCGAUCGUCAUGUGUGGAUGGCAAUGAGAACUAAAUACACUUGGACAUUUUCUCCAGAGGUGUCUAAUUUUUUCUGGCUAUCAUUUAAACCAAAACCUUAACAAAAUUUCAUAUAGAUAUAUUGGUUAAAUUACUUUAACAUGUUAAAGAUCCCCAUACA